ACCAAUGGAGGAAGAACUGUAAAACAGUCUUACUCAUUUCAGUUUUUAGGGUUCCGACUAGGUAUUGAGGUUUUUAGAUAGGAAAAAUGAAUUCAUUGAAGCUGAAUCAUUGUUCGUUUUUAUCAACACCGUUACUUCCUUCUUGUUCAUCUUCAUCUUCAUCUGCUUCGUUCAUAAGAUUUCCACUAAUCAAUAACAAUAAAGGAAGAAUUUUUAUAACAAAAUCUCAAGCUGCUGAUGAUAAUAGUAAAACCAGCCCAGUCAAUGGAGAUACAAUACCUACCAAUGGAACCACGCCAAAGAGUAGAAGGGAUAUAUUGCUUGAGUAUGUAAAAAAUGUACAGCCAGAAUUCAUGGAAUUAUUUGUUAAAAGAGCACCACAACAGGUAGUUGAAGCAAUGAGACAGACUGUUACAAAUAUGAUUGGAACACUUCCUCCUCAAUUCUUUGCUGUCACUGUUACAACUGUUGCAGAAAAUCUUGCUCAGCUUAUGUACAGUGUUUUAAUGACUGGUUACAUGUUUAGAAAUGCUCAAUAUCGCAUGGAAUUGCAGCAGAGUUUAGAACAAGUUGCACUUCCUGAUGGUCAAGAUAAAAAGGAUACACCAGAUUAUGCGCCUGGGACACAGAAAAAUGUGACUGGUGAAGUUAUCAGGUGGAGCAAUAUUUCUGGUCCGGAGAAAAUAGACGCAGUGAAGUACAUAGAAAUACUAGAGGCUGAAGUUGAGGAAUUGAAUCGUCAAGUAGGAAGAAAGUCCUUUAGUGGACAAAAUGCGCUAUUGGAUUACCUGAAAUCCCUCGAACCACAAAAUCUUAAGGAGUUGUCGAGUAAUGCUGGCGAGGAUGUCGUAGUGGCUAUGAACACUUUUAUAAAACGUCUCUUAGCAGUUUCAGAUCCUGCCCAAAUGAAGAUAGCAGCAACUGAGACGAGUGCACCAGAACUUGCCAAGCUGCUCUACUGGUUGAUGGUGGUCGGCUACAGUAUACGCAACAUCGAGGUGCGAUUUGACAUGGAGAGAGUACUUGGUACUUCUCCAAAGCUAGCUGAGUUACCACCGGGAGAAAACAUCUAGACAGUCAAUUAACGAUAUUAAUUCAAAGAGCAUUCACUUUUCAAGACAGCAUAAACACUUCUUAUACAACCAGGGAGGUUACAUAUCAAAUAUUAGAAAAUAGUGAGUUUGUGUGGUGUAUCCCAAUCUAGUCAAUGACAAAAAUUGCCGCUGCUGUCAGGGAUGGGUUGCCAUUUCUCACCAAAUUUUAUGCUUUGAAUCCCUGGGGAUAGAGCAAUUCCUUUUUUUUGAUUUCAAGUUAGUCAAAACAAACUUUUCCAUAUACUGCCUAUUUUUUGUAAUUGGUUAAGAAUGUAAGAUUAAGUGGUGAUCUUUUCUUAGAAUAGUGAAGUUGUGCAUUUUCAGUGAUUGAUCUA